AUGGAGAUAAAUGGGUCCUGCUACACCUGUGAGGGUCUGGUCUUCCCCCUCCUCCUUCAGGACAAAGCAGCCCCUUCUGGAUCCAGCGAUGCUACCAGCUUAUGGGACCGCGACUCUGUCAUUGCCUGUAUCUCACUGCCUCUCCCCUUAAAUGGGGAGGCUCGGGAAUCCCCCAGCCCAAGCCCCCUGGAGCUCAGUGUGGUGGACUCCCUGGAUGGCCGAGUUCCUGGCAGCGCUCUCAAGGAUAGCCUGACCCAUCUCAACCUUUCCCCGUUGCUGGACAUGCCCAAGAGGUGGCCUCUCGACCCAGGGCCAGAGGCCGUAAAAGCUCCCGGAAAACUCCUUGGGGGUGGAGGUCCACGAGGCGGGAGCCCUCCGCUGGGCUCCGUGGGCUGCUUUGAAUGUUUUGACUGCCACAAGACAUACCACACGUUCUCCGGGCUUUCCAAACACCGGCAAUUGCGCUGUGAUCUUCAGGCCCGCCGCUUCUUCAGCUGCAAAUAUUGUGACAAGGAGUACUCCAGCCUGGGGGCCCUCAAGAUGCACAUUCGAACCCACACGCUGCCUUGUAUCUGCAAGAUCUGUGGCAAGGCCUUCUCUCGCCCCUGGCUGCUGCAGGGCCAUAUCAGGACUCACACAGGUGAGAAGCCAUAUGCCUGUUCUCACUGCAGUCGGGCCUUUGCUGACCGCUCUAACCUGAGGGCCCAUCUGCAGACCCACUCGGACAUCAAGAAGUACCAGUGCAAGGGCUGCACCAAAACCUUCUCCCGCAUGUCCUUGCUGACGCGGCACAAGGAUGCCGGCAGCUGCCCAGCCUCCUGA